AGAUGUUGACAAGUUGCUCUUAUCCUGGACUAGCACUUUGUACUGCAGAGAAAGUUGCUGAGUACAAAGGAAUCCCAGUAGAUGCAGUCUUAAAAGCAUGCCGAGAAAACACAACCAAGAUGUAUGGUAUUUAAUUCAACAUUUUAUAAUGUUGGGUAUGAUUUGCAACAAAUUGGUUUUACAUUUUUUAUUACAGUGAGGGAAGUUGAGUAAUUUGUUUUCUUUUGGGGAUGAAUGAUAUUUUUCUUUUUCAUCUCUAAGUACCGAUACAAACUCUUUUCAGUUUCUGAUGAUAGUAAUAGUGGUGUGUGGUGUUAUUUUCUUUCAGUCCAAUGAUGAAAUUCUGACGAUGAAAGUCUAUUUUAUCUGCUAACUGCACACUAAGUUUAGAUACAGUACUAAAAUACCAGGCAUCUUUCUCUCAUUAGGUAUCACUUAGAAAGACAUUCCUAUUACUAUGAUCUUAGAGACAUUACCUUGUAUUGGAUUUUUUAAUAUGCCACCAGUUUGAGAAUUUUUGACAAAUAACAUGGA